CGCUCAUAGACCAAGGCGAGUGGACAACUUCCUCCUCCGGAAGAAAUCUUCCGCCACAGGAAGAUGCUGCUAAAAAAAACGCGACCCGAUGUAAACACUGCAAGAUGGUGGACAAGAGGCGCGAGUCUGUGCGCUUGCAGGAGGGCGGCCAGCGGCGCGUCCUGGACGGCGCCGCGCGCCAGCGGCGCCUGGCGCGCCAGCUGGACGCGCUGGAGAUGGACAACUUCCAGGAGGACCCUCACUCUCACCUGCUGGCGGGCCCUGCCGCUCGACUGCCCAGCUUCCAGGACCCCGAACAGCCCGGUCGCAAACGCAAGAAAUUGAGAGGCGAUCACUUCAAGUUGAGAUUCCGUAAAACGUUCCAGGCCCUGCUGGAGGAGGAGAACCUGUCGGCGAGUGAGGGGGGCCCCAGCUACCUGACGGUGGGGGUGCCGCCGUCCCCGCGGCCCCCGCGCCGCUUCUGUGCCGUGUGCGGGUUCCCGGCGGCGUACACGUGCGUGCCGUGCGGGGCGCGGUGCUGCUGCGUGCGCUGCCUGGCGGUGCACCACGACACGCGGUGCCUGAAGUGGACAGUUUGAAGCGUGCGCCGUUCGUAGAAUUGCCGGCGAAAAGGGUCCCGCAGAUUGAAACCGCGUAGCCCGAGCCAUUGACGCUUUUUGCCGAUUGCAUUGCCCUUGUACUGCCCCCUUUUGUUGGCGGCCUUUAGCUCCAAAGCGCCGGUGAGACAGAGCCACGAAGGAGGCUGCAGCUCUGGUGUAGGCCUGUGCGUUACAUCGCUGUCGAAGCGUUUGUUUGUCUAGCAUUGAUCUAGCAGUGCCGGAUUAUCCUCGUACAGGGGUGGGCAAAUCUUUUGACUCGGGGGCCACAAUGGGUUCUAAAAUUCGACAGAGGGGCCGCGCCCAGUAACGGAUGGACGGAGUGUUCUGUGUGAACUAGAUAUAAAUGGCGUGUUAAAAAUCAUUACGUGAGAGGCUUUGGCCUUCAACAGGCACCAAAGCAUUUGUACGCAAGGCAAUUUAACGAAUUGCACGAACGUGGACGGUGCAGAAAAGCGUGUCGUAACUCCCGCUCAAAGUGCGCCAUCUAAUGGGGAAAUGGGGGCAUCACAGGAGAAAGGUAAAAUUUAAUUUAAUAAUAAUUAUUCAUAAUAAAGGUUUUUGGGUUA